AUGGGAUCAAAGUUGAAUUCUGUUAUUGAUGCGUUGAAGCGGUCGAAGGCUAAAUAUGAAGAUACCGCGAAAAACGACAUAAUGACUGCAUUGUUGGCUUUCCCAGACUUGGCUCCGGAAGUUGAAAGCUUUGCUUUUCCUAAUAGCAAGCGUGUGCCAACGUUUCGUUUGAAAGGGACUAUUCCUGUGUUGUAUAAGGGUUCUACUUAUAACAUACCAGUGGCUUUAUAUCUGUCGGAUGCUCAUCCUUAUUACUCUCCUAUAUGUUAUGUGUGCCCAACACAGAAUAUGAUGGUUAAAGAGUCAAAGAACGUUGACGCAAAAGGCCGAAUUUACUUGCCAUAUUUAACUGACUGGCGCUAUCCUGGAUAUGAUCUCAGCGGACUGUUACAAGUUAUGACGUUGUGUUUUCAAGAUAAUUCUCCAGUUUUUUCGAAAAGUUCUGACCGGUCUAGACAGUCGGCUACGAGCGUUUCUAAUCAAACUCCAUUUACUCCUUAUCCAACUAAUAUGCCCGCAGGAAUGCCCCCGUAUCCAUUGACUUCUAACACUGGUCCUCAGGCAUACCAGAAUUACCCUAGUCCGUAUCCUUCAUAUUCAGGCGGUUCAUCUAGUCAGAGCAACAGUAUGGUGGGUACGGUAGAUGCAACACAUCUCAAAGAUUCUAUGCUUAGUGCGAUUGGUGACAAGAUCAGACAGCGGCUCCGAGAAAAAUUAGAGACGGUGUAUUCGGAACUGGAAUCAGUAAAACGAACUCAAGCGGACUUAGAAAGUGGUAAACAAAAGUUGAAACAGUAUAUUGAUGAUCUGAAUGCAGCUCAGACCCAGAUGGAAGCAACUCUAAAUAUUUAUAAAGAGAAAAAGACAACGCUGAGUGCAGUGCUUGCUUCAUGUGGAUCAGACUCUACUUUAGACAUAGAUUCGGUUAUUGAUGCUUCUACGCCGCUUCAUAGACAGAUUAUAAAAUGCUAUGCUCAAGAUUGUACAAUUGAUGACGCCAUAUAUUUCUUGGGAAAAGCCGUCAAAAAGGGACGAAUAACUCUCCCAGCUUAUUUAAGAGAAGUACGACAGUUAGCGAGAAAACAGUUCGUUUAUAGGGCCACACUUCAGAAGGGUAGACAAAAAGCAGGGCUCCCUGUUUAA